AUGGUGUUCAACGCGGUGGUGGUGACGGCGGCCCUAAAGGGGGCGAUCAACCUCGUGGGGACGGGUCUCUGGCUGGUCCCGCUGCUGAUAGCGGGCCUGUCCUACUACCGAUACGACCAGCUGGACCCGGAGAGUCGCCCGAUCGACAAGUACCCCCUAAACCCGGAGUACGACUUCGUAAUAGUCGGCGGAGGGUCCGCCGGAGCGGUCCUGGCGAACAGGUUGUCGGAGAUCCGCGAAUGGAGCGUGCUGCUGCUGGAGGCUGGGCCGGAUGAGAACGAGAUCACGGACGUUCCCUCUCUGGCGGCGUAUCUGCAGCUGACGAAGCUGGACUGGAUGUACAGGACGCAGCCAACGGGCAGAGCUUGCCUGGGGAUGAAGGGCGGUCGCUGCAACUGGCCCAGAGGAAGGGUCCUGGGCGGCUCCAGCGUCCUCAACUACAUGCUCUACGUCAGAGGAAACCGACACGACUACGACCACUGGGAGGCUCUGGGCAAUCCGGGCUGGGGCUACGAGGACGUCCUGCAUUACUUCAAGAAGUCCGAGGACAACCGGAACCCUUACCUCCGGAACAGUCCCUACCACGGGACCGGCGGGUACCUGACGGUGCAGGAGUCGCCCUGGAAGACGCCGCUGGCGGUGGCUUUCGUGGAGGCCGGGAUGGAGCUGGGCUACGAGAACCGGGACAUCAACGGCGAGCGCCAGACCGGAUUCAUGAUCGCGCAGGGCACCAUCCGGAGGGGCAGCAGGUGCUCCACGGCCAAGGCCUUCCUUCGGCCGGUGAGGCUGCGCCGGAAUCUGCACACCGCGAUGAACGCCCUCGCGACCAGGGUGGUGGUGAACCCGGUCACCAUGCGAGCCAUGGCCGUGGAGUUCCACCGAGGGGGCCUCCAGCGGACGGUCUGGGCCCGGAAGGAGGUGAUCCUGUCGGCGGGGUCCAUCAACAGCGCGCAGCUGCUCAUGCUGUCGGGGAUCGGGCCCAGGGAGCACCUGCGCCAGGUGGGAGUCCGGGUCCUCAAGGAUCUCCCCGUUGGCAGGAACCUGCAGGACCACGUGGGUAUGGGCGGCCUGACGUUCCUCGUGGACAAGCCGGUGUCCAUCGUCCAGGACAGGUUCCACGCCGCCCCGGUCACCCUGCACUACGUGGCCAACGGACGAGGGCCCAUGACGACGCUGGGCGGCGUCGAGUGCUACGCCUUCGUCAACACCAAGUUCGCCAACGGGUCCGGGUCCUACCCGGACAUCCAGAUGCACAUGGCGCCGGCGUCCAUCAGUUCGGACGCCGGAGUCCAGGUGAGGAAGAUCCUCGGACUGACCAACGAGCUCUACGACGCGGUCUAUAGGCCCAUCGCCAACAGGGACACCUGGACGAUCAUGCCGCUCCUGCUGCGCCCCAGAUCUCGCGGCACCGUCACCCUGAAGAGCUCCAACCCCUUCCACAAGGCCAUCGUCGACGCCAACUACUUCGACGACCCCUUUGACAUGCGGACUCUCGUCGAGGGGGCGAAGUUGGCCAUGAAGAUCAGCGAGGCGAAGGUCUUCCGGCAGUUCGGAUCCAGGGUCCACAGACUCAAGAUCCCCGGGUGCAAGCAUCUUAAAUUCGGAAGCGACGCGUACUGGGAGUGCCAUAUCAGGCAUAUCACGAUGACCAUCUAUCAUCCCGUGGGUACCGCGAAGAUGGGUCCUUCUACGGACCCCGAAGCCGUCGUCGACUCGGGCUUGAAGGUCUACGGGGUCCAGGGGCUGAGGGUCGUCGAUGCCUCCAUCAUGCCGACGAUCUGCAGCGGGAACACCAAUGCUCCGGUCGUCAUGAUCGCGGAGAAGGCUGCGGAUAUCAUUAAGAGCGACUGGUUGGGCACCCCGCUCAGAUAG